CCAUCGUCCGGCACUCCGGCCACACCUUCGCUUUCCUGCCUGCCACAGCCACUGCCAUGCAUGCAUGCGGCGCCCGGCAGGGGCCAGCCCAUAAACAUUUCUGCCAUCCCUGGCUGGCCCCCCUUUUCUCCGCGUCCCCUUGUUCGCGGGUGUACCAUCGUCCUCCUCCCGAUCCUAGCAUGUCAUUACGAUGGCAAGCCGCAUCGCAUCGUUCCCCUCCUUCCUCGCCUUUGUCGUCGUCACCGUCGCCACGUUAUUCCCCUCCUCUUCCUCCCAGCAGCAGCCCGCCGCCGCCGUGCCACAGCCCAGAGGGUUCUAUAUAAGCUGCGGGUCGGACAAGGACGUGCAGGUAGGGAGCAUCAAGUGGGCCAAGGAUGAGGGCUUCACCGCCGUCGGGAACGCCUCCGCCAUCAACAAGCCCCACCUCCUCCCCCUGCUCGCCGCGCUGCGCUACUUCCCGGACGCCACCGCGCGGAAGUACUGCUACCAGUUGCCCGUCGUCAAGGGCACGCGCUACCUUGUCCGCACCACCUACUUCUACGGCGGCUUCGACGGGGGCAAGGAACCGCCCGUGUUCGACCAGAUCGUGGACGGCACCCUGUGGAGCGCCGUCAACACCACGGACAACUACCGGCGCGGCAUGUCCACCUACUUCGAGAUGGUGGCGCAGGGGCAGGGCAAGACCAUGAGCGUGUGCCUAGCGCGCCGCCCCGACACGGCGUCCAGCCCCUUCAUCUCCGCGCUCGAGGUCAUCGACCUCGCCGACUCCAUGUACAACACCACGGACUUCAGCAGGUUCACCAUGACCACCGUGGUGCGCAGCCGCUUCGGCAGCAAGGGCGAUAUCGUCAGCUAUCCAGAUGACCCGUACAACCGGUACUGGGCGCCGUUCGCGGACGCCAACCCCAUGGUGGAGAGCCACUCCUCCAUCUCGCCCGACGACUUCUGGAACCAGCCGCCGGCCAAGGCGCUCAAGGCCGGAAUCACAACCAGCCGGGGCAAGAAGCUCGCCGUGCAGUGGCCGACCACGGAGCUCCCCGCGGCGACCUACUACGUGGCGCUCUACUUCCAGGACCCGCGCACGGCGAGCCCCUUCAGCUGGCGCGUCUUCGACGUCGCGGUCAACGGCAACGACUUCUUCCGGGGGCUCAACGCCUCCGCGGCCGGCGUCAUGGUCUACUCCAGCAUGAUGCAGCUGUCCGGGAAGACGGAGAUCUUGCUCACGCCCAACGAGACGUCCCCCGUCGGCCCGCUCAUCAACGCCGGAGAGAUCUACCAGAUCGUCCCGCUCGGCGGCAGGACCGCCACAAGAGACGUUAGCAGUUGUCGGUCGCGUCCGGUUUCUUGUGCAGUGGUUGCAAUGGAAGACCUGGCAAGCAGCCUCAAGAACCUGCCUCCGGACUGGGCUGGAGACCCUUGUCUACCACAGCAACAUUCCUGGACUGGGGUUGAAUGCUCCCAGGGAUCACCCGUGCGCGUCUUGUCACUGGAUCUAAAAAACCAUGGUCUUUCAGGAUCGCUACCCGACAGCAUUGUACACUUGACAGGGAUGAAAACCAUCUAUCUCAGUGGUAACAAUCUCUCAGGCCCCAUACCUGACUUGAGCAGCAUGCACGCCCUGACUGCAGUGCGCCUUGAUAGCAAUCAGUUCAGUGGAACGAUCAACCCAUCAAUGGAAAAACUAGCCAAUCUCAAGGAGCUACACCUGAACAACAACAAUCUCACGGGCAAAAUACCAGAUGGUCUGAAAAACAAAGCUGGACUUGAUUUGAGAACUGAGGGGAACAAAUUUGAAUGAGGCUGACAAGGAGGAAAUCAUGAGUACGAUGCUGCACCCAUGCACACAGUUCAAUGAUGAAGGGAGAGGACUGAAGACUUCAAAAUUUGUACGAUGACAUACAUUAAUGGCUGAUGUAUAAGAGCUGAAGAGUGAUUUCAUAUCUA